AGGUCGAUGAUGUGGUCAGUGGAUGUAGGUGUGUGUUUGGGGACUUGUUCGGGUUGCUGAACCCUGUUGGAGGAGGUUAAAGUGCGCGCUUGUAUUUUUUUUUUUGUUCCGUUUUUGAAGCUAAUUGAUUCUUUAGACAUCUGAGCGACAGAGAUGGCGGACUGGAAGGUGCCUGUGAGCUACAACUACAGUCCAUCUUACCAUGCGUACGCGUACGGACUGAUGUAUCCAGCUGCGCCUGAACAGACCCACAGUAAUGUGAGCUGGACUGAGGCCGCUUACGGCUCUUCUGUAGGGGUAACGGGGGGUUAUUACACGUCUCAGCAACCUCCGACUGCACAAACUCCACCCGGGAGCCCGGAAUACAACACCACCAGCUCUGAAGGCCACUAUGGAGGUCCGGGGGGUUACUACAGGGAGCCGAAGGCGCGCGCGCACACAGGGAGACUUUUCCUCUCCAACAACAGGGUUGAGUUUGACCAAGUGAGUAAAGAGCAGGAGCGAGCAGGCAGUGAUACACCCAGUGACUCUGAGGUCCACACACCAGAUUCCUGGAGUUCCAGUAGCAGUCGUGAAGGCAGUGCAGCUCCAGUGGAUGUAGAUCUCCAUGUCUGGGCUAAAACACACCAGGGAAACAGUCCCGAUGGCACCGAGGUCAUGUCCAGCUCUCUAUCAGUGGCUUCAGAAGGCUCCAAGUGUAUGAAGGUGGAGGGACACCAUGAAUCACCUGCCUUGUCCACAGUAACUCCUUCUUCUGAGCCAGUGGCAGCGCAGCAGCCGCGAAAGGCAAAAGCUCGCACUGCGUUUUCAGAGAAACAGAUGAACGCUUUAAACGAGCGCUUCACAGUGCAGAGAUACCUCACACCUGUGGAGAUGAAGACUCUAGCUGAACUCACAGGACUCACUUACAAACAGGUGAAAACCUGGUUUCAAAAUCGCAGAAUGAAACUAAAGAGGCACCAGAAAGAUAACAGUUGGGUGUCGGAGAGAUACAUCACACCUGCUGGGAUCCCUAAUGCACAGACUACACACUCUCAGUUCCAGGUAGAUGCUCCAAUGCUGAACCAAGAUCUUUAUAAUAAUCCCCAGUUUCGAGAUGCAGUAUUCAAGAACAGCCCUCCUCAGACUCCCUCCUGUUACCUCAACUACCCCCGGCCUCUGUCCCCUUCCCAGGUCUCACCCAGGCCUCAGGGAAGUUGGUGUCUGCCCCCAGCUGUGCAGCACUAUGAAUUCCUCAAUCCUUCUAGCUAUGUGCCAGUUGGAAAUGCUGGUACUGGUGGUGAUGGCACUGUCGAUCCAGGCAGCAGCCCAACACGGAUGGCCACAGUGCACAACGCCACACAGUGGUCAUCUUGAUCAACUGCACUUGGCUGCCUGUAGUAUGUGAGGUUGUGUGUAAAUAGUUUGCUUUUGAUUUCUAGCCCAGGGUUUCCCUGUUGCACUCAUGAGGGACCUGCGUCUGAUGGUUAUUUCUCUGCUCUCUCUAUUAGCUGAAUGUUUGCGCAGGAUCAUUUUGUGAACAAUUCUAGACCGUGACCCUCCACGACUGGAAUGGGGAACCCCUAUUGUAGACUCUGUGAAUGUAAGCAACCGUUACGUAUUUUAAAAUUUUCUGCCAACAGCCAUGUACAAACUUGUAAAUGCUCUGAGCAUGGACAUUUUGUCCCUCUACUUUUAUAUGGAAGAUCUAUUUUUGUAACUUCAAUGAACCUUCCAGAGUAUUUAAUGUCUUAUCAGGAACUCUUGUUCUUUUUAAUCCCUUCAAUGCUAAAUGUUUUCUUUGGUCCCUGUCUUUCAAACCGUCCUUUUGGAACUACUCUUGCCUAUAAGACACUUUUGCAUGUUCUCAUGGAGGUGUUUUGAGGAAUAAAUGUUUUAUCUGGUGUUCCUGAAAAUGUCUUAAUGUUCACUUGCCCUCCAAACAAACCUUAGCCACAGCUCUUCAAAUGUUUCUGCAGUAAACUGUACUGGUGAAAGUAGUAGUGUGUUUGGUCAUGAUUUAAAUCGUAACCUUGUGUAUGGUUCUCUGCCCUCGAGGCUUGGACUAAAGUGAUCUCCAUGAGCUUCUGGUACAUCUGAAUUGUGACCUAUAGCUUUUGUGAUUGACAGUGAUAUCAAUUUUAUAUUAAAUGCAACAUUUUGUACCUCA